GCAAGUGGUGACGCGGGUGCUGGUGGUGGUGCUGGUGGUGGUGGUGGCACUGCUGUCGCCAACGGUUGUUGUUGCCCCGGCGGUCCGACGCUGGUGUUAGACCAGACGCCAGCUGGCUGUUGCAGCUACUUGGAGCACUCUGAUGGCGGCAGCAGCAAGUUAAAAGACACCAUCGCCGCCGCCACCGCCGCUAACGGCACAACAGAAACCGUUGACGGUUGUGUCAGUUGCAACCAGCAGGCCGACGGCGGCGCCCGCUCAUCGUCCCCUUCAUCCCCAUUACAGUCGCUUCAUCAGCCGUUGGCACAGCGCGCAUGGCCCGCGGGUCCGCGACCCAACCGACUGCUGCUGUUCCCCGGCGACAUGCUGCAUGGCGUCAUGCCGCAGCCGCCGCAGCCGGCAGAGCUGCAGCAUAAGGCCCAUGCAGCUGCUGCCGCUGGUGCCGCUGGGGGUGCUGCUGCCGCCGACACCGAGGCGGGCUUGAGGGCUUCGGUGCCUUCUGGUGCCGCCUCCCAGCAGCUUCGACGUACCACGUUGAUUGUGGCUUGGUGGGGCCCCGAGCGGCUUCGCACAUGCACGCCGGCGCCAGCGCUGGUUCUCUCGUCCGCUAGAGUGGCGGAGGCGGCGGCGGAGGAGGAGGAGGACGAAGAUGGUGAUGAGGAGGGCGGUGAUAGAAGUGGCUUUGGCGGUAGGGAGGUUCAGCAGGAAGAGCGUAGCCACGACAGCGAUGGCAGCAGCAGCAGCUCCGGCCCUGGCACGGACCAAAGCGACCAGGAAGCAGGCGAGUCUGAUGACGUCAGCAGCGCCUCCACCAGUAGCGGUGCUACCAGCAGCGGCAGCAGCAGUGGCGGCGACACCGCGUCUGAUGACGCUGACCAGCCAGCUGCUGUUCCUCGGCACUCCAGCAUGCGGGGGACGCGGAUACGGAGAAGCCAGCAGGGUCAACCCCCAACAGGACGAUGCUUACACUGGCGUCAUGCAGCUCCGCUACGCCCGGGUAUGUUGCUGCUGACGACACCGCCGCCACCGCCGCAACAGCAACAACAACAGCAACAGCAGCAACAACAACAGCAGUGCCAACCGCUAGGGGGGCCACCGUCACGGCAAGCGGCGGAUGGGGAGGCAACAGACGGCGGGCAGCAGCCGGAGCAGCUAGCAGCCAAGCGGCAGCGCAGGGAGUACGACAUGCAUGGCGGCGGCGACGGUGGCGGUGGCGGUGGCGGAAACAUUGGUAGCGGCUAUGUAACGGUUACCUCGGCGCCAGGGGGUGUCGCUAACGGCGGCGGCGGUGCCGGUCCCGGUCAGAAUGCAGUAGCAGCUGCAGCGGGAAGCUUCCGGACAGCUGAGUCGUACCAUGACGUGCAAGAGGAGGCUGUACGGCAGCCGCCAUCAGAAGCGCAUGCAGCAGCAGCAGCGGCGGCAGCAGCGGCAACAACGACAGCGUCGCCGCCGCCGCCGCCUACCUGGAUGGAAUGGUUCGCUGGGCUGAAAGCGACUCCGGCGACGGUUGCCGCUGCGGCAGCGGCGGCGGUGGAAGAGGGCGGCGGCGGUGUAUGGCGGCUGCCCUCCUGCGUUUCCCCAGCCUGGGCUGCAAUCAAGAUGCCGCCUCCGCCGGCACCGCCAGAGGCGCCGGUGGCGGCGUUGUUCGCGUCAACCGCGCCAGAAGCGGCUCUUAUGCGGGUUGCGGGUGACAUCUUGGCGGCGGAGCCGGCGAUUGCGACUGCUGUCGUCUGCUGGGAUCUGGGUCGUCAGGCGGCUCGCGGAAUGGCUCUUGCGUUGGGGCUGCCGCUGCCGCCGCCGCCACCACCGCCGCCAGGCACGGACGAGGGGGACGAGGAACAGGGCGAGGGCGAGGGUAAGGACGAGGCUGGCGGCAAGCACGAGGGGGACGAGGGCAAGGACGAGGACGAG